AUGGAAGAGGAUACGACUCGUGCGUCGCAAGAAAUUCCAGCUGCAUAUCUUCAUCUAGUAGACACCAGAAGCGAACACCAAUCUCAGCAGCUGUUUCCAGUGUGGGAACGAGAAAUCUUCAAGAUCGGGCGAGACCCUCGUGCAAACACGCUGGCUGUCGACAAUGACCUCGACGUCUCAGUUUCUCGAAACCACUGUGAAGUGUAUGUUGUGGUGUAUGAGCCAACUAUCAACCAUGUCUACGUGCGGGACCGAAAGUCUUCAAACGGCACCUUUGUCAAUGGCCAACUCAUUGGUUCUGGUCCGGAUAUAAGCCCCGGCUACCUACUACAGAGCGGCGAUUUGUUUGCAAACAAGUACCACGUCAGUAGCCAUUGCCUGGGGCAAGGAGCGGAAGCAGUCGUCUGCCUGGCAAGCGAUGUCCAGACGAAGAAGCAGUUAGUUUGCAAGUUGAUUAAUCUCGACAAGAUCCAAGGGAAGAAUUCUCAAGAGGAUAUCCGUCGCAAGUUUCAGGAAGCCGACAUCUUGCGCCAGCUGAGACAUCCUAACAUCCUUCCUUACGUGGAUGCUAUCUCAUCACCACACUCACUCUAUACUUUUACAGAACUUGCAUCUGGUGGUGAUCUCAUGUCAUUCAUUCUACGCCAUGGCACAGUCAAGGAACUCGACUCACGGAUCAUUAUACGUCAAGUUGUCUGUGGUCUUGGCUAUCUCCACGAGAAAGACAUUGUUCACCGUGAUCUAAAACCAGAGAAUAUUCUCUUGGCAUACUCACCUAAGAUUGCGUAUCAUCGAGUCAUGCUUUCAGACUUUGGCAAUUCUGCCGUUCCUCGACGCAGCAGAAUGAUCACAAACGCUGGAACACCAGGAUACCAAGCACCGGAGUUCGCUGCGGGUGGGCAAGCUCACACUGCGGCUGUCGAUAUCUGGUCCUUAGGUGUUGUUGCAUUACUCCUCCUCGCAUCUGAUAACCACGACGGAGAGCUCAACAAGAUGGAGCAAGGAGACAUAAUCGAAUAUCUCACCAGGUUAUUCAAUGGAAUGCAGACAAAACCCUCUCUCGAAGGGAUUGAGUUCGUCUGGAACUGUCUGAAAGUCGACCCAUUACAGAGAAUCAAUGCUUAUGGUGCGAAGACGCAUGCAUGGCUUUGUCCUCCGAAGAAGAAUCGGGAACUGUUCAAACGAAUGGAUUCUCGAACACUGGCUUCUUGGAAACCUCAAGAUAAGCUCAAACCGAUGCCUUGGGUGUUACCUGAUCUUGCACCGAGCAAUCCACCCACACCUACAAGAAGCCCAGGCUCAUCAAUCAGCCAAUACUUCACUACGACACCUACGCGCUUUGAAACUACAACCACAAAGUCUAAAGACCGCGUUCUAGAGAUAGCCGCAGAAUCUGGCCCAGAAACUGCCACUAGUAAGACUAUCUCGUCUUUCUCGGUGCCACCGCGUCCAUGCGGCACUCUACGAGAGUCUACCACAAAUCUCAAGAAGCCUCAACCUCCUUGGCAAGGGUUUCGUAGCCCUAACAGUUCAGCGAACACUGAACUCCCAUCAAAGCGCAGGAGAGUCCCAAGAGCCAGGACUCAUGAUACUGUGAAUGUUUCCUUACCUGGGCUAGAGAGGCAUUUAAGAUCACCUAACAAUCCCAAUCCUCGUUAUAGGCAAAAUGUUCUUUCGGCUCUCGAGAGGACCAAGUCAAAGUUCCUCACAGACAGCAUCUCUCCUGUUUCGAGAACUCCUCUAGAUGCUCUCGCUGGCAAUGCAUUUGUUCCACCACCAAGCCCUAAGAAACGGAAGAGCAAGCGUGAUGUGAGGCUAAAGGAAUCGGGCGUAGCCAAUAUGAGGCAUCCACCUCAGCUCGCAUUCCGCUGA